AAGGCGCACUGCAAACACAACCAGAGGCGCUGCAGUCAAAUACAUGCCUUUCUUUACUAUCAAAAAGUCAUUUUCAGCACCCAUUCACUUACAGCUAAAGUGAAUUUAAUAAAAGCCCAGCACACCUACAACGAUAAAAGAACGGCACAGCAACACGUUUAACUAAGCUGAAGUUCUUUUUUUCAAAACGCUUCUUUUUUUCUAACGGGAGUUUCAACAAGACUGGGAAACAACGCGGAGUUUUACUGCAGUGAACAUUUACAGAAGUCUCCUGUGCUCGACAACAAAAGUCGCUAGAGAAACAACGUUCUUGCUUUGUUCCUCUGAACACACACGCGUAGUUGUGUUGCUGUUGUUUUGUUUGCGGUAAAAGAGGGGCGCGCUCGCCGCUACAUUUUAGUUUUGUCCAGGAUAAAAACAACAGCACAAACAACAACAACCAAAAAAAAACAAACCUAAAACCGUUUUUAAAUGCAAAACUACAAGUACGACAAAGCAAUGCCUCCAGAGACCAGAAACGGUGGAAAUCCGACAUUAAACAACAACAAUAACGGGAAAGACAACAGCAAGAAGGGCAUGCUGGUGUGCCUCGAUCUCUUCUGUUUGAUUCUGGCUGGCCUCCCCUUCCUGAUCAUUGAAACUAGCACUAUCAAGCCAUACCAACGGGGGUUUUACUGCAAUGACGAAUCAAUCCGGUACCCGUACAAAAAUGGAGACACCAUAAGCGACGGACUGCUUUCUGCGGCCGGCAUUCUUAUUGCUGUCCUUUCUAUAAUCAUUGGGGAAUGUUACCGGAUUUGCUACCUGAAAGAGAGCUCAAGGUCCUUCAUUAACAACCUCUAUGUUUCCACCCUCUACAAGCAAGUCGGGGUCUUCAUCUUCGGCUGUGCCAUCAGCCAGUCCUUCACCGACAUUGCCAAAGUGUCAGUCGGCCGCAUGCGCCCUCACUUCCUGGCAGUGUGCAAGCCAGACUUCACCACAAUCAACUGCUCACUGGGCUACAUUGACAACUACAGCUGUUUGGGUGACGAGAGCAAAAUACAGGAAGCAAGGAAAUCCUUCUUCUCCGGCCACGCCUCGUUCUCCAUGUACACCAUGCUGUAUCUCACAUUCUACCUGCAGUCCCGGUUCACAUGGCGAGGAGCCCGUCUGCUCCGUCCACUGCUCCAGUUCACCCUCAUCAUGAUGGCGUUCUACACUGGCCUGUCCCGCGUCUCCGACCACAAGCACCACCCCACUGACAUACUGGCAGGGUUUGCACAGGGGGCCCUGGUGGCGUACUGCAUAGUGUUUUAUGUGUCUGACCUCUUCAAGCCUAAAACAAAGACAACUCCUCCACCACCACCACCCAUUAAAAAGGAGAUCCUUCCUUGCACGGACAUGAUUGAGCGCAACAACCACCACAACAUGGUGUGAGAGAGCCUGGGAGGACAAUCAAGGGGCAAGAGCUAACAAUGUGACUGGUGAACAGCAAGUGCCUGCUGCACUCAAACCUUAUCUGACAGUAGAAUGUAGGGAAGAGAAACUUUUAACCCACAAUUCAAGAUGGACUGCAAGGUGUGGAAUUUGGAGCCUAGAGCUUGCAAAUUCACCUGGAAUGGAUCUCAACCAGCAUAUAGAAAGAAAAGCAAAUAUAUAUAUAUAUAUAUAUAUAUAUAUAUAUAUAUAUAUAUAUAUAUAUAUAUAUAUAUAUAUAUAUAUAUAUAUAUAUAUAUAUGCAUGGACCCAAACUGAGGAUGUGCUCUUUCACUGGGACGCAAUACACUUUGUGGCCGCCUUGAUUUUUGGACAACAAAUUCCUUAGUUGUAGGAAUGGAUUUUUAAUCUUUUUUUUUUUUUUUUUUACAAUGUUACUAGCACAGAUCUAUUAUCAAUAUAAAAUAACUUAUAGCACUAUAUUCAAACUCCUUGUCGACUCACAUCACUCUCCACUAUUAAGAACCAAGCUUGUUUAUGUAUAUUGGUUUGACCAUGGCAAGGUUUAUACCAAACCCAGAGAACAUGAAUUGAAAGUUACUUUUUAUUUUUAUUAUUUUUAAAUGUAAGUAAACCAAGCUGUUGAUAGCAUAGGCUUAAUCCUGCCCAUAGAACUGCAACAAACAAACUAAGAAUGUAAAAGUUUAUCUUUCAUCGGCUGUUUACCGUAAAGGUAACCACAGAGAGCCACCUAAUGCCAUCUUUAUAGACUUAGAAAUGAAUUGGCAUAUAAAGCUGUCAAAACACAUCACAAAGGAUUGUCGCCUGCUGAUGCUACCUGAUUAGGAGGGUCGGGGAGUUCUGUUUAAAAAAAAAAAAAAAAAGCAUACAAUCAAGUGGACUAAAAGAUACUUCUUAAAACCAUUUUUUUUUUUGUUUGAGGGUGACGUGAAGUUAUCAUAAUACAUCCCAUCACAAACAGACCUGUAGAACGGGGGCUGUGCCCUGCUCAUAUUCUUUGUGCUGAGCUGUGACGUGCCGUGUCUGGGGCUGAGCCCUGGGGUUCGGAGGCACACACCAGCUUCAGGGCAUUUUCCGCUGGCAGGAAAAGUCCUGUGACACUCCUCACACUUGCACAGAAUUACACGUAUUCUAGGUAUUCACCACACAACCCCAACUGCUGCUUCGACAAGAACCCGCCUUUUGAGAGCUGCUUGUUUUUCAUGACCUGUAGCUUGGUUUCUCAUGCGAUGACCUGUGACUGUUGAGCAGGUUGACCUGGGCUGUGGGAAAGCGGUGGGCAAUACCAGGUUGUAAAGAUGAAGAAAAAAUACAUGUUUUUAAUACUAUAAGUCAUGUACCCACUUGAACCUAUCCUGUUCAGCUACACCUGCAGAUCUGUUAAGAGUGGUGUCUCCUGCACAAAGACGUUAAUAAAUAUGCAAUUCCUUACUUGUAAACGGCAAACUGUGAGUUAAAAAAUAAAAAAAUAUAUCUUUCUUGACACAAUAUUAUAUGAAGAACAGCUACAGUAGCCUGUACAGAAUCUGAUAUAAAUGAAACCAAAAGGCAAGCUGUCAAUACUUUUGCACUUACAAUUUUUUUCAUCUAAUUUCUACAGGUUUUAUUGGCAUUUAAGUUUUCUUUAUAUACUGGUGUUUUUGUAGCAACAUGUUUUUUUUUUUAAUAUGUUCAUAUAUGUUGCUGGACUACGUCAUCAUUCACAUACAAAUGUUUUGCGAGAGAGUAACAGGCAGCCCCGCAACACAUAUAAAGAUCUACAAAAACUGGAUUUUCUGUUUUCUGAAAAUGUCUUUCUUUUUUUACAUUAAACAAUGUUAUUUCUGUGAUUUUAACAAUCUGGAUAUGGUAAAAUAUAUAUAUAUAUAUAUCAAAUAAAAUGCUAACCACAAUAUACAGUAUACAUAUAGAAGACCAUUAAACACUCAAACUAUUGCGCAUCCCUUUCAUUGUAUAGUCUGUCCUCUCAUUUCAACCACAGCAAGCUAUGUUUUUAUAUAAAUAUAUAAAUAAUGUAUAGAACACUAAAAAUUAACUAUGUAAAAUAUUAUUUGUGAACUUUUUUAGAUAUUGUAUCCACUAUGAAUAAUAAAAACUGUUUUUCAUGACCUGUGUUAUUUACAAUAUGCUGCUUAAAGGAAGCAUUGAUUGAAAGGUUUUUUUUUUGUAUGUAGUUACUACAAUAUUGUAGAUUUGAGUUAGUCAUUUUUAAUAAUAAAAAAAUCAAAUUACACCUACAAUUGUAUUAAAAAAAAACACUUUUAGUAUUUUUGUAUUGUCUCUUUUUGUACAAAAGAAAUAUAUUAGCAAAAUGUGUUUCUGCUAAAUGUAUUUAGCUAUACUACAUGUGCUUUUUAAAUAAUAAAAAAGAAGCUUGUUAUCAAUGACAUUUUAUGUAUUGAAUUUUUUGAGUCCAUCACAGUGGAGAAACAGGAGGUUGUCCAUAUAUAUAUGUAUUUAUAAACUGUGAUAGGUAUUGCACUGCCGGCUGGAAGUGUGGUUCAUUUUAUACUGACACUGUAGUGCAAUAUAUUGAGUGGUGUUCAACCUUCCCAGCAGUUUUUAAACUAAAUAAACUUGCUUCUCAGAUUCUGUGAAACUUAAAAAAAAAGAAAAAAUUCAAAGCCAUUUUGAAUUAUUAAAUCAGUUUUGCAAUUAAUGAAACCCCUUUCAACUGUUUGAGAGUUAAUUUGGUUAUUCUCAUUGUUAACCUUUAUGAAAAUGUAAUGUUUAUACAGAAAGUAACUUCAUUAGGGCAGUAGUGUGGAGUAGUGGUUAGGGCUCUGGACUCUUGACCAGAGGGUUGUGGGUUCAAUCCCCAGUGGGGGACACUGCUGUUGUACCCGUGAGCAAGGUAUUUUCCCUAGAUUGCUCCAGAAAAAAAAAAAAAAAAACAACAACUGUAUAAAUGGCUAAUUGUAUGUAAGAUAAUGUGAAAUAAUGUAUAAUGUGAUAUCUUGUAACAAUUGUAAGUCGCUCUGGAUAAGGGUGUCUGCUAAGCAAUAAAUAAUAAUAAUUAGUUCAUUAUAUUUAGGGCUUCUGAUUUUUGGUUUUAACCGAUAAAACACCCCCGAUACAAAAAAAAUGAAAUCGGUGGAUAGCCAAUAAACACCGGAAAGCACCAGAAAAACUGUGGAAAUGGGUAACCAAUUCUCGUUGACUUUACCAAAUUCCCAUUAAAAAAUAAAACCUACUACAAAAAUAAUAAUAAAUACAUUUCUCAGUGCUGCUGGGCAAUGUCCUGCCUUCCUGACUUGCAUCUAUCAUUGAUUCGUUCUCAAUACUUUAAACCCACCCCAGCUACUGAAGGGCAGCACAUUCCUACAUUUCUAUUGGAGACUCCGCUUGCAAGAUUUAAAACGAGAUUACAAUCAGGAUGGAGGCUUGGUAGCGUGGAUACGGAAGACUUAAAACAGAAUUGUGGCGAAAUGUACAAAAAUGCCCACACACAAAAACCCCAGAAGAAUGUGCCUGUGACCAUAGAGAUUUCGUUGUGGAAGACAGCAAAGGAAAGAAUGUACAACUUAAGUGUGCAAGUACUGUCGAGUUACUACUAUACAAAUUUCGACAAAAAAAAAAAAAAAAAUCCUCACGUAUUUUGAAAAGUAACUGAAAAAAACACUAAUUUCAUACAGUAUAUCAAAAACGAAAGCCCCGAAAAAAACGAUUUACAUAAAACUCGAAUUGGAGUAUUGGAGUGUAUAUAAUACAGCUGCCUCCUUCCAGCAAUGAUUCAGUCUUUUGGCCACUCCCUUAUUCCUGUUCAUACAAAUUUAAAAAAAAUCUACCACUGGAACAUAAAACUCUUUAAAAUUCUGAGAAUGCAGCCCACCGGGACCCUGUUCUCACAAAUAAUUUGCAUCAUAUUUCAUUUUCACAGCAGUGUGGAGUAGUGGUCAGGGCUCUGGACUCUUGACCAGAGGGUUGUGGGUUCAAUCCUAGGUGGGGACACUGCUGCUGUACCCUUGAGCAAGGUGCUUUACCUAGAUUGCUCCAGUAAAAACCCAACUGUAUAAAUGGGUAAUUGUAUGUAAAAAUAAUGUGAUAAAUUGUAAGUCGCCCUGGAUAAGGGCAUCUGCUAAGAAAUUAAUAAUAAAAAUAAUAACAUGAAAA